AUGGUUCACAGCUCCGAGUCCCUGGGACAAGCCAGUCGCGGAUCGCUGAUGGAAAUUUCUUCCGACAUGGGAGACAAUUCUCCAUCGAGGGAUUUACCCGAGGAUGGGAGCAGACGCUCGUCGGUCUCCGAGGCUGCAGCUGAAGGCACUCCGGAGGAAGAGGAGGAGAAGCAGCGUCUCCUGGCCGGCUGGCGUCGCGUGCCGCACAACAAGUCGCUCGACGACCUACACUCGUCCGUCUACGUGCCGCCUCCCGAAUCGGCCUGGUACUACAAGCUCUUCGCGUUCACCGGCCUGGGAUUCGUCGUCAGCGUGGGAUACAUGGACCCUGGGAACUGGGCGACGGACAUUGCGGGAGGGUCGUCGUUCGGAUACACGCUGCUGUUCGUCGUGCUCAUGUCUUCCAUCUGCGCUAUGUUCCUCCAGAGCCUGUCCCUAAAACUCGGCGUCGUCGGAGAGAGGGACCUCGCGCAGGCCUGUCGCGACGCGUACCCGCGCUACGCGAAUCUUACUCUCUGGAUUCUCGCCGAAAUUGCCAUCGCCGCUACGGACCUCGCGGAAGUGAUCGGAUCCGCGACCGCCAUGUACCUUCUCUUCGGCUUACCCCUGUGGAUAGGCAUUCUUAUCACGGGAGCCGAUUGCCUCCUUAUAGUCUUCCUCGGCGCCCGCAGCGCGCGCGUGCUGGAGCUGCUGAUCUUCAUUCUCUGCGCUUUAAUCGCCGCGUGCAUGACGUACGAGUUGAUUGCGGUGCGUCCCGACUGGGUCCUGGUCCUGAAAGGGUUCAUUCCGUCAGGCCAGAUCUUCACCAAUCCUGACGUGCUAUACGCGGCCGUGGGUAUCCUGGGAGCAACGGUCAUGCCGCACAACCUCUACCUCCACUCGAGCAUCAUCCAGACGCGCAAUUACAGCCGCACGGCCGAGGGCAAGCGCAUGGCCGUCCGUUAUGGCACUUGGGACUCGUGCCUGUCGCUCUUCGUCGCGUUUUUCGUGAACGCGGCGAUUCUGAUCCUCGCGGCCGCCGCUUUCUACUACAACGCGUCGGGCCAGCAGACCGUCGCGGAUAUCAGCGACGCGUACCAUCUCCUCGCGCCCGCCAUUGGCGACACCGCCGCGCGAAUCCUCUUUGGCGUCGCGCUGCUGGCCAGCGGGCAAAAUUCGACCAUCACGGGAACCCUCGCGGGUCAGAUUGUGAUGGAGGGGUUUGUGGAUGUGAAGCUUCCGCCGUGGCUGCGUCGCAUGGUAACCCGUUGCAUCGCGAUUGUUCCUGCUGUAAUCGUAGCUGCUAUCAGUGGCAUGGAAGGCGCUGGGAAGCUUCUGGUGCUGAGCCAGGUGAUUCUGUCGCUGCAGCUGCCGUUUGCCAUUGCGCCACUGGUGCAUUUCACAUCGUCCCCGGCUCGCAUGGGGAAGUUUGUGAAUGGGUGGGUGAGCACGAUUCUCGCGAGUCUCCUGACGCUGGCCAUUAUAGGGCUGAAUGGCUUCCUUGUGGUGCAAUGGGCCAUUGGUGGUUAG